AUGCCGGAAGAUAUCACAAAAGGCUUAUGCACACAUAUUCUGUAUGCCUUUGCCAAAAUCGACAACGAUGGCAACUCGGUCGCAUUCGAGUGGAACGACGAAGACACCGAGUGGUCCGAAGGGAUGUUUUCCAGGGUUAUCAAGCACAAGCAGACCAAUCCCGGUCUCAAAGUUCUUCUCUCGUACGGAGGAUACAACUUUGGUUCAGAAAUUUUCACUGCAGUGGCAAAGUCUGAUACGAAGCGAAAGAACUUUAUCGAUUCGGCCAUUGCAUUCCUCCGCAAAAAUAAAUUCGAUGGUUUCGACUUGGACUGGGAAUAUCCACUCGGUGUCGCCAAAGAACAUGCCAACCUUGUCAAGGUUCUGCAUAGAUCACGUUUCUUAUGGCCAUAUUAA